AUAAAUGUCAUUUUUUGUAUGUAAGGGUGUGAGGACUAAAAUGCGGUACAAAGUAUUUGUUUUAAUUUAAUUAUUUGCACUUUACUAAACGAAACAAUGCACCAGAAGGCUGCAAUUCCGAGGAUAGCUUCGAACUUUUGAAUACGAAACCAACAGACGAAAUGGAAGAGAACGCCAAUAAUAAAUCUCAAAACAACUUAUUCGAAGCUAGAAAAUUUUUACCAUUACCGUUAGUAACAGCUAGAAGUAAAGCUCACGAGAAUAAAUUAAAUACACAUUCCAAUGAUAUUUAUGUAUCGUUAUUAGAUUCGAGCUCUAGUUCGACUGAUCACAUGUGCCGGAUAUGUCAUGGCGGCGAAAGCUUGGACGAUCUGCUAAUGCCUUGUAGAUGUAGAGGAACCGUGGCAUUGGUGCAUUUGAAAUGCUUGGAGAGGUGGCUUAAAGAUUCACAACAUAGCUACUGCGAAUUAUGUAUGCACCAUUAUAAAAUCGAAAGAAGACCUAGAUACAGUAUUUUGGGUUCAAUAUACGCUUAUAUGAAAGAACCAGGUCCUCGUAAAAAAGAAAUAAUGUACGAUUUGCUUGCUUUAACUUUAUAUACACCAACGGCUGUGGCAUCAACUUACGUAUUAAUGAUGAUGUGCGAAACAUUGGUCAAAGCUAACAUCGUCAAAACCGGGACGAUUUCGUCACAUAUAUUGGCGUUUUCGGCUGUUUUCGGUAUGGCCGCCAUAGAUUUCACAUAUUCUUCUUGGUUACUAUACACAUGUCAAAAACACGCGGAAGCUUGGAGGGAAUGGUAUAAUAAUACUACAACUGUGAAAGUUAUUUUACCAGCUAUUAAAAUGAGGCCUAUAAAGGGUAAAAGGAGAAGUAAUAAAGAAAGGGUGUCGUAAUAUCAAUACUUAAGUCCAUUUAUACUCAGAAGUUUAUCAUUUGAAUAAAAAGACUAUAUGAAUAUUGUUA